GAGGCUUCUUCAGGUCUUCCACCAUCCCCACACGAUACACUCCAGCAGCUCGCUCUUCUCCCUCACUCCUCCAAGCCUCCAAGCCUCCAAACCUCCGCCCGUGCCGUGCCCAACGGUGCACUACUGUUAGGCACGUCAGGCCUGAUGCCCGUGCCCGUCCACAUCCCUGCUUCCAUUGCGUCAGCAGUCUUCCGUCCAACUUUUGCUCGGCCUCUCCCCCGCACUUUGUACCGCCAGAGAAGAAGUUCAAACAUACCGCCCUGCGUGUUCCCCCUUGAAUCCCUCACGGAAUCCUCGUCUACGAAAACAAUCCCGUCCAUCCAUACCACUUGCCCACCAUGGCCAUGCUAGGAAUGGGCAUCUUCUACGGCGGCGUCAUCACCGGCAUCCCCGUCGUCACAGGUGUCGCCGAAGGCGUCCACCACCAAAAAGAGCAGAACAAGGAAGCCGCAAACGAGACGCGCAUGGUCAAGUUCUACAUGGACGUCUACUGCGGCGCCAAAAGCAGCAAGAAAGACGAAAUCGACGGCGGCAUCGUCGUGCUACACAAGGACCGGGUCUGGGUCUGUCCCCAAGACGAAAAAACGCAACAGCCCGCCUCUCCAGCACCAGGCGUCCCGCCUCCGCACCCCUUCACUGGCUUCUACAUCAUGUACCCUGACGAAGACCGCAACCCGCGCGAGCGCGGCCUCGUGUCGACCAUAAACACCGACCCGCCAAUGCUAAACUGGAUAUAUGCGCGCAAGGAAACUCUCCACCUAAGUUACGGAAACCGCACGCAGUCAAUAGCGCACAUCGUCGGGCCGUGGGACUGGACAGACGACGAAGCGGGGGUGACGCUCGAGGGUUGGGAGGGGUUUGUCGCCGUCGAGGUACCGGAGGAAGAGCAGGUAGACGGCCUGAAGUGGGCGCUGUAUUAUGACCGGUGGGACGACAAGCUGAAGAAGGGGGAAAUGGUGGGCGGCAGGCGGGUCCUGCCGUGUAGUCUGGAGCGGAGGAUGUUGCCGGAAGAGCUGCGGAAAGCGCAGGAAGAGGCGGCCGAGAAGAAAAUGCAGGUGAAGAGCUCGGGAGAUCUGAAGACGAGGCUGGAUCUAAAGGAGGAGAAGAAGAAAUGAGCUGACUGUGUUGGUUAGCUCUGUGAGUUUGCGUCACGCAUCUUCUCCUCCGAGGACUACGGCCUUUCAAUGACGAAUUAUGAAUCUCCUACACCGGCCACCAUUACAGGCACCUCCGCCCAGCUGCGAGGCAACCUGCCUUGUCCUCAGCUGCGCCCCGCGCCGCGCCUGACUUGGGAGCAGAACGGAGCUGUGGAGUGACUAGAUUGCUAGGGGAAUGAUGUUUAAAAAGUAAUUACUUCUAAUCAAUGCCUUUCGGUACUGGAAAAUUGGCAUCAGAUAUCCUAAACUGGUUUAUUAGAAUACGUUUCUAGAUGGCAACGAGGGCCUUUACAUAAUUACGCCACAGUAAUCUAAUUCAUUC